CCCAAGAUUAGUUCAUCGAAAUCGAAUCCCAAUUAAUUAAUUUGUCUCUUACUGUCUGUCGCCCAUCCAUUUAGCCAUCGUCGCUCUCGCUCGCUGCUUGGAUCCCGCCCGCUCAAAAAUAAAAAAUCCCAAAGCAUAUAGUUGUUGAUGAUUUGUCAACAUGAAUAAAUUGCUAGAGUUUGGAAGGAAAGCCAUGUUUUAUGUCCGGGUGCUUUCUGGAUAUGAAGAGCGAAGAAUACGGUCUUUUAGGCUGCAGCUCGAGGAACGUGUCAAACAGGCACAAGAAAGGAAAGCAGCCUUAAAUAAAGUACCUGAGCAGAUUAUUUUAUCUGAUGUUCGUCGUAUGGUUGAAGAGAUGCAAGCUUUGAACAAGAAGCUGGAAGAAACAGAAACAGCCAUUGAAGAAUAUUUCAAGCCUCUUGACAAGGAAGCUGAGAUCAUAAUGAAAAUGCAACUACAAGGGGAAGAGAAAACGUCAGAGAUGAUGAUGAAAGCUCUGGAGCAACAAGUAGACAACAUUGAAACCAACCAGAAGGAAGCUGAGAUUUUAAUGAAAAUGGGUGUAGGAGAGGAAGAACAAACUCUGAAGGAGAUGAUGAAAGCAAUGCAGCAACAACUUUUGCUUGAGAAAGCUGAUGCAGAAAAUACUGAUAGUGUGCAUCAAGUAGACAACUCUCAUAUCAACCCGAUCAUAGCAUCCACAGUCACUCCUAAAGAAAGCUAAGAUUAGAUAAAAUUUUGAAACAUUGGUGAUUCCUGAUUUUGAGAUUUGAAAUUUGAAAUGCGUUUCGGCUUGGUUGUUGAAGUGUUUAAACAUCAUUUGUGUAUUCAACCAACAAAGGCAGGACUAGGCUAGAUUUGUAGUUUAUUUGUAUUAUUUUAUGGAUAAAGUAUUUCUUCACUUAUUGGAAAUAAGUUAUCUCCUGAGAUCCUCAAAAUUACGUCGUUUUGAAUUAAUAAAAAGUGUUUAUGUAAUUUUAGGAAAGUUAAUGAAGGGUGUUUUUGUAAAAUUUAUAUGAUAAAAAAAUAAAUAAAAUUACUAAAAUAUUCUUCAUUAAUUCAAAAUUACGUAAUUUUGGG